GACAGGGAGACGCUCGGCCCCGCGCUCUGGGCUGCACAGACAAGGGGGUUGGGGGAGGCCGCCCCUCGCUGGAUCCCCUGCAGAGGACAGAGGGAGGACACCCCUUUCUCAAAGAAAAAUCCCCACACCCAGCAAAGGAUCCAGUGGGUGACCCUGAGAGUGAGGGGCAGACACUAGGAGAGUCACCCUCAAGGACCCCCUCCCCAAAAUAGCCUCCUGCAGUCACCUUGAACAAGUAGGACAGACCAGCCGGGACCGGGCAAGUUAACCAGCAGGAACUGUCUGAUCAUAUACGGCAUUCCAGGCUGAGGAGGGAGAGAGACAGGGAUGUGGUCCUCCUGAGGCCAAUGCUUUACAAACCGGUCAGUCCACUUCAGGAGGGAAACACGGGCUGAUGUUAAAAAGGAACCAAACAUAUCUCUCUCCUUCCGUUCUCCAAACAAGCCCUAGCCUGUUUGUUGUGAAGGAAAAUCGAUUGUCAGUGAAACCGAUUGCACUAAAUAUUUACACAUCCCCCUGAGUCGGAGGGAAAAGUUGCGAUCCUGUGUUUCUGGCAGAUUGUCAGGACCUUCUGAAAGCGCAGAAGAUAAAAGAUCCUGCCUCCGGAGACUCUUCGGAGGGUAAUUUAGAACUGGAAUUGCCAACUGGAGGAACUUUAACCUGUGAAGGAAAUCUGAAACAGGACGAUGCCGGUUCGAAAGCAGGAUGCUCAGCGAGCUCUGAAGCUCCUGGAGAAUUACCGUGCCAAGCUUGGCAAGACUGAAGACCGUCAGCUUCGUGCCUCCAUCGAGAGAGUUAUCAACAUAUUCCGCAGUAAUCUCUUUCAAGCAUUAAUAGGACCUGAAGAUAUUCAGGAAUUUUAUGAGGUGUCAUUGCUGGAUAAUCAACCGGUUCUUGCUCAAAAGACAACUGUUCCAGCAGUUCAUAACUGGGAUAUUUCCAAUCUUCCAAGCACAACUGUUACGUCGGAGGCAGUCACUGUCAGCCAUAGCCCUAACACAGAGGACAACUCUCUGCUGAAUGAAAUACUUGAUGUUCUUCAGACUUCUGUCCCUACUCAGGUUAUACAUAAAUAUCGUUAUCAAGAUGACGAUGCAUCUCAACAAGAACACAGCUCUCCGCAGAUUAGCAAUGAUGUGAAAGGCCCUGAGCUUGUACAUGUGUCAGAGAAGAACCUAUCUCAGAUUGAGAAUAUACAUGGAUUUGUUUCUCAGUCACAUAUAUCCCCAAUGAAGCAGAUAGAGGCUACUCCUCCCACUACUCCUGUAAUCCCUGUGAUCCCUGUUAUGCCAGUCCCUGCUGAUGCCAGUGUCUUCUCGUCUGACAGUCAACAGGCGAAUCCACCUCCAGUUGUGGUGAAUACAGAUAGUUUGGAAUCUCAGCCGUAUGUAAAUGGUACAGAUGCAGAUUAUGAAUAUGAAGAAAUCACACUUGAGAGGGGAAAUUCUGGCCUCGGCUUCAGCAUUGCAGGUGGUACAGAUAAUCCGCACAUUGGUGAUGAUCCCAGUAUAUUCAUUACAAAAAUCAUUGCAGGAGGUGCAGCUGCUCAGGAUGGAAGACUGCGAGUGAAUGACUGCAUCCUUCGGGUAAACGAUGUGGAUGUAAGGGAAGUAACUCACAGUAAAGCAGUAGAAGCUUUAAAAGAGGCUGGAUCGAUUGUGAGACUAUACGUGCGGAGAAGGAAGCCGGUCACCGAAAAGAUUUUAGAAAUAAAACUUAUUAAAGGGCCAAAAGGUCUUGGGUUCAGUAUAGCUGGAGGUGUUGGAAACCAACACAUUCCGGGUGAUAACAGCAUCUACGUAACCAAAAUUAUUGAAGGAGGAGCGGCACAUAAAGAUGGCCGGCUACAGAUAGGGGAUAAGAUUCUGGCAGUUAACACAACCAGUCUCGAUGAAGUUACGCAUGAAGAUGCUGUUACCGCUUUGAAAAACACAACAGAAGUUGUAUAUUUGAAAGUUGCAAAGCCUACCAGCAUGUAUAUGAAUGAUGGAUAUGCGCCUCCAGACAUCACCAACUCCUACCCCCAAUUGGAAAACCAUAUAACGCCACCAAACUAUUUAGUGAACACAGAAUACAAACCGACACUUCCUCCAUCAUCACCAGGCAGAUACUCACCAAUUACCAAAGUCAUGGGUGAUGAUGAAAUGACCAGGGAACCCAGAAAGGUGGUGCUACAUCGAGGAUCAACUGGUCUGGGCUUUAAUAUUGUCGGUGGUGAAGAUGGGGAAGGAAUUUUUAUUUCCUUCAUAUUGGCAGGAGGCCCAGCUGACCUGAGCGGUGAACUAAGAAAAGGGGACAGGAUUAUUUCGGUGAAUGGUAUUGAUUUGCGGAGUGCCACUCAUGAGCAGGCAGCAGCAGCACUGAAAAAUGCUGGGCAAGCAGUCACAAUUGUGGCACAAUAUAGGCCUGAAGAAUACAGCAGAUUUGAAGCCAAAAUCCAUGAUCUACGGGAGCAGAUGAUGAACAGCAGCAUUAGCUCAGGAUCAGGGUCGCUGCGCACCAGCCAGAAGCGAUCCCUUUAUGUCAGAGCCUUGUUCGAUUAUGACAAGACCAAAGACAGCGGUCUCCCAAGCCAAGGCCUUAAUUUCAGUUUUGGUGACAUCCUGCACGUGAUCAAUGCAUCAGAUGAUGAGUGGUGGCAGGCUCGACAGGUAACGCCAGACGGUGAGAGUGAAGAAAUUGGAGUCAUCCCAAGCAAAAGGAGAGUUGAGAAGAAAGAACGUGCCAGAUUAAAGACGGUGAAAUUCAAUUCAAAAUCAAGAGAUAAAGGGCAGUCAUUCAAUGACAAGCGUAAAAAGAACAUCUUUUCCCGAAAAUUUACCUUCUACAAGAACAAGGAGCAGAGUGAGCAGGAAACCAGUGAUCUUGAACAGCAUGUAACCUCUAAUGCCAGUGAUAGUGAAAGUAGUUACCGUGGUCAAGAAGACUAUGUUCUCUCCUAUGAACCUGUUGGCCAGCAGGAGGUCCGUUACUCUCGUCCUGUUAUAAUUCUGGGGCCCAUGAAAGAUCGAAUUAAUGAUGAUCUGAUCUCGGAGUUUCCAGACAAAUUUGGAUCUUGUGUUCCACAUACAACCAGACCAAAGCGUGAUUAUGAAGUUGAUGGGCGAGACUAUCAUUUUGUUACAUCUAGAGAGCAAAUGGAAAAGGAUAUUCAAGAUCACAAAUUUAUUGAAGCUGGACAAUACAACAACCACCUGUAUGGCACCAGCGUGCAGUCUGUAAGAGAGGUAGCAGAAAAGGGUAAACACUGUAUUCUCGAUGUGUCAGGAAAUGCUAUUAAGAGGCUUCAAAUAGCCCAGCUGCAUCCAAUUGCUAUCUUUGUCAAACCAAAAUCAAUUGAAAACAUCAUGGAAAUGAAUAAGCGAUUAACAGAAGAUCAAGCAAGAAAAACUUUUGAGAGAGCUAUAAAACUUGAACUGGAAUUUACAGAGCAUUUCACAAGUAUUGUACAGGGAGAUUUGCUGGAAGAGAUUUACAACCAGGUGAAGCAGAUUAUUGAAGAUCAAUCAGGGCCUUAUAUCUGGGUUCCAAGCAAGGAGAAACUGUGAAGUCACUUCAUAAUAAUCAUCAUCCAUUGCUCGCAAUGAGGCUGGGCCCCCUUCUACAGGAUCCACUCUCUCCUGUUGAUCACAGAUCUUUCUCUCUCUCUUUGUGUGUCAUGAAAAGUGAUUUGUCUUUCACCUGGGGGCGUUCACAUCUCCUGUUUGUGAAAAUUGCUUGUACGUGAUACCUGAUAAAAUUACCACCGUAGUUUUUUUUUAAAUGAAAGGGAAAGGCCUGACUAACUAUUGAAGGGAGAUUCUAUGGUACAGUUCCUUAAUGUUUAAGGGCAACAAUUCUUCAGCAAUUUUCAGAAAAGCUUUAUAUAUAUUUUUCUUUUAAUAAUAAACUGAAAGAAAGGAAAAGUAAUCUUCAUGUUUAGCAUUGGGUUUGGAAGCUAAAUAAUUCUAAGCAGAUUUUUGCACGAUGAACUUUUGAAGCAUGGUUUGGCAGUGGAAAUCCUAACAAUUUUACUGUUUGUUCUCUUCCUGCAUUACUUGCUCAAGCCAUUGUUUGAACUGUCUUUAACUUUUCAUUUCUGCACCUGUUUGGUAAUUUCUGUUUUUUUUGAUGAAAAAGUCAUAAAAUAUCAGUCUUUAAAAUACAAAGGAAUUUUUAUUCAUUUUACAAGGGUUCUUUACAACCAUGCUUUUAUUUUUGUUUUUCCUUUUGCCAACUCAAAUGCACGAUAACUAAAUAUGAUUAUAUUGAAUGCCGAUGAGAAUGUGUUCAAGUGACUUUGAGAAUAAUUUACUUUCACUCUUGUAGAGAAUCUACUUUUAUGAAUUUGAUUGAGAGGAGAAGCAAAGAGAAGCGGUAAAUAUGAAUUAUUUUAAAAAGAUAACUGACAUGAUUUUCAAUAGGAUUUUUCAAAUCAGAAUGAACUGGGAAAUGGGGCGAGUAUAAAUAAGGAAGUGGAUUUGGCUAAGGAAUAGAACUGAAACUUAAAUCAUGACUAUUUGUAAUGGGACGUAAACUUGAGAUUUUAAGAUAUAUAAAUAAUUAACCCUCAGUAACUAUGUAUUUUGAUAUAAAUGAUCAACUAUAUUAUGCAUACUUUUAACAAAAUAUCCUAUAUAACUUACCAGGAAUACGUUUCUUUAAAAUAGCUGCACAUAUAUUUUCUUUCUUUUUAACCAUCUCUCUUCAUGAAUGUUUUCUUUUUGUAGACCUGAAUUAGUGUUAUCAUUUUAACCAUAAGGAUCAUAUGGGAAAUGUGGUGAUGGGGGUAAAACAGUAUUUUGAGAAUAAAUGCAAGAAUUAAAAUGCAAAAGAAACCAGUUCUCCUCUUUCCCCCUUACCCAUCCCCAUGAAUUCGAUGUGAGGUUACUCAAAGUGAUGUGCAUGUUUUCAAAAUGUUAAAAGCAAUUUGAAAUAAAAUAAUUUUUACAUUUUAUGUACACUUGCAAGUGGGAAUUGCAAAAAAUGUCAUAUCUUCCAUGUAGCUCUCAAUCAGAGGCUUCUGUAUUGAGAAAAUAUAUUUUAGCAGUGAUAGGGUAUGUUCUCAAAUCAAACUUUAACACUACAUUUAGAUUAACUGCCUGGUACCCAACCUUUGCUAGUAAUUUGGAAAUGAUAUGUUUUAUAUAGGAAUAAUGUGCUUACAAGCAGUUCAGUACACUUGACCCUUCUGGUGCUGCAGUUUGUACAGACUCUCAUCUAAUCCAUUCCAUUGUCAAGAGGGGAACAGCUAAUAAACAUUAAUGUACAAUUUG